CGGUGAAAAUGAAAGCAGGCUGUAGCAUCGUGGAAAAGCCAGAGGGAGGUGGAGGGUAUCAGUUUCCUGACUGGGCCUAUAAAACAGAGUCCUCCCCCGGCUCCCGGCAGAUCCAGCUGUGGCACUUCAUCCUAGAGCUGCUGCAGAAGGAAGAGUUCCGCCAUGUCAUCGCCUGGCAGCAGGGAGAGUACGGGGAGUUUGUCAUCAAGGAUCCAGAUGAGGUGGCCCGCCUCUGGGGCCGCAGGAAGUGCAAACCACAGAUGAAUUAUGACAAGUUGAGCCGGGCCCUCAGAUACUAUUACAAUAAGAGGAUCCUUCAUAAAACAAAAGGGAAACGAUUUACUUACAAAUUUAACUUCAACAAGCUGGUGAUGCCCAAUUACCCAUUCAUCAACAUUCGCUCAAGUGGUGUGGUUCCCCAGAGUGCGCCACCAGUGCCAACCGCUUCUUCCCGUUUCCAUUUCCCACCUCUCGACACCCAUUCUCCAACUGGUGAUGUGCAGCCAGGGCGCUUCUCUACUGGCUCCCUGACUGCUUCUGGCCAGGAGUCAAGUAAUGGUGCUGACAGGAAAGUGGAGCUUUCAGAGCUGGAGGAAGGCUCUGCUGCUGACUGGCGCCGCGGUGUGGAUCUCAUGUCCUCCCGGAAUGCUGUUGGUGGUGGAGGGAUUGGCCAUCAGAAGCGCAAACCUGACAUAAUGCUUCCUCUGUUCACUCGGCCAGGGAUGUACCCUGACCCCCACAGUCCCUUUGCUGUCUCUCCAAUCCCUGGCCGAGGAGGGGUCCUUAAUGUCCCCAUUUCACCAGCUCUCUCCCUGACUCCCACCAUCUUCUCCUAUAGCCCAUCACCAGGCCUGAGCCCCUUCACCAGCAGCAGUUGCUUCUCUUUCAACCCCGAAGAAAUGAAACACUACCUUCACUCUCAAGCCUGCUCUGUGUUCAACUACCAUCUGAGUCCCCGGACAUUUCCCCGGUAUCCAGGGCUCAUGGUCCCACCACUACAGUGCCAAAUGCACCCUGAGGAGUCAGCCCAGUUCUCUAUCAAGCUGCAGCCCCCGCCAGUUGGACGGAAGAAUCGCGAGAGGGUAGAGAGUAGUGAGGAGUCUUCACCUGUCACUGUCCCCACCAUGGCUCCUGGCCCCCCGAGAAUUAAGGUGGAGCCAGCCCCUGAAAAGGAUCCCGAGAGUCUCAGGCAGUUGACACAAGAGAAGGAGGAGCGCUCCCAGGAAGAGGGCACUGUGCCGACCAGGACCGUAGAAGAGGGGAAAGGCACCAUCUUUGCCCGCCCGGCUGCACCACCUACCUGGUCCUCAGUGCCCACUAGCACCCCAAGUGAAGAACCUCCAGAGGUGACUGAAGACAGUGAGGACAGGCCUGGCAAAGAACCCAGUGCUCCUGAGAAGAAGGAAGAUGCCCUGAUGCCCCCCAAGCUUCGGUUGAAGCGGCGCUGGAAUGAUAACCCUGAAGCCCGAGAGCUGAGUAAGAGUGGCAAGUUCCUCUGGAGUGGGCCAGGAGCCCGGGGCCUGGCCACAGCAGCUGCAGAUGCCUAGAACUGGAAGUGGAUGGAGAGCUGUUUAUACUAUAAUCAAAUACAUACGUGUAUUUAUGUAGCAAGAUUUUGGGAUAGGGUGGGGGGAGGGCAUUAUUAGACUGGUUUGAUCAUUCUAGGGGAAUAGACUUGUAUUUUUGUUUGGGGAUGGGAUGGGGUAUCUUCAGUUGUACAUUAGGUGGGAUGUGAACACACUUCUUUUCCUGGUGAGUAGGACACGGGAAGGGUAUUGAACUGAAAGGAGAAAGAGCCUCUGUUUCCUGUUGAGGCUUAUACUUUCUGACAAACUCCCAAAGGGCCAAAAGACUGGUCCCGUGAUAGUUCAGGUUCCAGACUUCUUUCUUUUCUAUUGUAUUUAUAUAUGGAAAGCCAUUAAUGAAUUUAUUUUGCUCUGAGAGAUAUACAUAAAAGGGAAAGGACAUGGUUGGGAGGUGAACAAGUGAAAGGCCAUUAAUAACUAAGUAUUUUGUACGAAAUGUUAUUUCAAGGGAGGAAUAAGAUAAUUUCAGUCUAAUAAGGGGGGAGGGGGAAUAUCCAGAUUUUGCUCUUUUUUCCUUUGUUGUUUGGCGUUUUUCUUUUCCUUUAAAAAAAAAAUAGUUUUCAGGAAACAUGAAGUGGACUGCCAGAGUGGGGUGGAAGGCGCAGGAGCUGAGCUUCGCAUGAAACAGCAUGCCUGCUCUGAAUUUCUUGGACUUUUUACCUACUUCACCUAUUCAGAAGCCAUGAGGAGUUGUAAACUCUUGUUCAGGGAAGAAAGAAGAGGCAGGACAAAGUAACCCAAUGCCUUUAAACACAAAAAAUGAUCUUCACGCUUACCUUUCCGUUGUGGGUUUGGGGAGCCAAACCAAAGUGUGACUGAGCAGUUCACCAAGAGGCAUGACAGUGUUGAUGAUGUCUUUCCAUUGUGUCUGGUUCUCUCGCCGUUUCCUUAAGUCGAGCCUUAACAGUGAACAUACUGGCAACAUGAUACGGGUCUGUCAAACCUGUAAAACGACGCAUGCAACUGUUCGGGUCAUCCAGGAAUGUGGAAACAUGAAAUUUCGCUUCAGCAUUUUGUCGUGCCCUCUGAAUGUUACUGGGAUGGGUAGUUGAAAGGCAGGACUGUGGGAGUGAAGGCGAGAUGAUGCCCAGAAAUGCAGAAGGUAGCUGAGGUCCAAGUGGAUGUUGGUUGAGAUUGAAGAGAGAAGUGGACAGAAGACACAGAAGGCAGCCAGAUGCCGAAGGCCUGGUGUGACUGAAAGUUGGUUUGUGUCCUGUUGUGGUUUUGUCAUUCUUGCCAUUCCCAUGUUCCUCACUUCUUCAGAUUCUCAUAAUUAGUUGAUCCUCCUACAUGAGACUCCAGUUUAUGGACAGUGAGGAAUUGUUUGUGGGGAAUUUCCUUCCAACAGUUACAACGGAAGGGAAAAGUGAUGCUCUUACAUGAAGCAAGACGGGCCUGGACUAGGGACAGAGAGAAAGAAGCUACAGCCAGCUCUGUGUGUGUGAUGGGUGUAGGGGGGGAGACGAGUGUAACUAGUGUACAGAAAUAACUGGCUCAGAUCGCCUGGCAGCAGGAAGAAAAGAACUAACUUCAUAAUCUGAACAGGGCAAGGAGCUGGGCACAGGGAUGCACUCGGGGUUGGAGAAAUUUCUGGCUUCACCUCAUCCGAAGUGAACUCUAGGAAGCAUUUGAGGGAUGUGUCUGCUGGUGGGGGUGGUAUUUCUUUUUUUAAACUGGAGUGCGUGUAUGAGAAAGUCUCAGGAAGCUCAGAGCAGGUGAGUGAGUUCCUAUGUGCUCUGGGGUGGUAAGUUUGUCGUGCUGUUUUAUGGCAAGUGUGUUCCCCUUGUUUGAUUCAGAUCUAAUGAGUGAUUUGUCUUUCCCUAAUGAGUGGUUUGGGAGAGUGGACCCUAGCAACUCAGGCUUUCAUCAGGCUGCCUUUGGUUGGUUGUGUUUUUGUCACUUUCUCUGCACCUUGACUUACCUCUAAUCAGAAUGCAAGCCCAGGCAGGUGGGGGAGGGACUGUUGCUUGGCAUUGCCCGAUCUAACCAGGGAGGCUGGCUAGCCACCCUCUGUCCACUGGAGGUGGGCGCCAGUAGGUGUCGGUAUGAUCUCAGGAAUAGAAACACGAGGCCUUUUAAGUAAAAGGGAGAAAAAAAUCCAUGAUGCAUACCUGUAACCCCCUAGAACCCAAGUGCCAGAAUUCCUAGAUGCUGCUUCUGUUUGAACAAAAAGUCACUGCUUUUACACUUGAAAAAAAAAAACACUCAAAAAAAAAAUGUUCAGCUCCAUGAAAAAUGUUUCUUUGCUUUAAGAAAUUGGUGUUCAGUCAUUUCCCUUGAUUGCCAUCCCACCAGUAAAUUGUUGGUUGAAUUUUCACUGCACACUGGGGUUGAGGGGAGGGUCCUUACACAGACCGAAUUUGGGCUUGCUUAGCAAUUGAACCUGGAACUAUAGAGGUCUUUGAUAUUUCCUGGAGUGCAGGGGUUGAAGGUAAUUUCUUUCCCCCCAACCCAAUACUGGAGCACUCUUCACCAGCCUGGGUCAGAGCUGGGCCUUCUCUUCCAUGAGCAUCUGAUCACUGUCCAGCAGAUUGACGGGGGGGGGGGGAUGGAGAGACCUUUCUCUCCCCCAGUUUUCCAAAUUUUGCUGUGCCAAAUGUUUAAGACUUUGCAAUUACAAAUCUUAAAACUUCACUAAUCGAAAACUUGUUCAUGCAGUUUGUUUUUAAAUUUUAGAAAAUAGUGGAGGCCUCUUGGGGGCAUCCAUCCAGCCUUGCUGAGCUCGUGCUCUUCUUUUUUUAAUAAUGGCUAGGAGUGAAAAACAAGUCGCCAAGUCCCUUCAGCCCCUGUUUUCAAGCUGCACUGCAUUAACCCAACUUGUCAACUAAGAGAAUUAUUGCUCCCUGGUCCUGCAUGGGCCAAGAUACUUUCUGAAGCAUUAAAAAAAUGAAGUAUAUCACUUCUCAUCAAGCGGGUAAGGUCAGUUGGCUGUUUGUCCCUUGUUUUUUAUUUAUUCCAUAAUUAUGUUUGUGCUUUUUGUUUGGUGAGCAGUAACGGAAUAUUUUAAUUUUAAAAGGAAAAAUACUUUGAUCCAAACUUUUAAGAACUUCCUUUUUUAGUGGGGGCAGGGGAGGGAAGGUAAGUUAUCAGUUAAUUUGUUUUGAAAUAUUUAGGCAUUCUUGAGUUAUAAAUUGUGAUGCAGGGAUCUGUGAGUGAGACAUUCACAUAUGAAAGAUGACUUCACUAGUUAUCCGCUUAAGCAGAAUAAAGUGUGUAUAUGUACAUAAAAUGUAAGUAAUAUGAACUCCAUUGUGCAGUGCCUUUUAGAUGUUCCGCUUUCUAUAAAGUCUUCAAAUUUUUGCAUAUAUAUAUUAUAUAUAUAUAUGAUGUAAUGUUAUAGAAAUAUAUGUAUAAUAUACAUAUUUUUUCCAGGGGUAUCUGAUAGCUCUGUAUUUUGUUAUGGAAGUUGAAAGAAAAACGUAUUUUA